AUAAUUAAUACGAGCUGCACUUCCUGUCGCUGUCUCCUCCACAGGAAGUCACAGCGCGUCUUCUCGCGGUGUUUUGACACAACAUGGCGGCCUUGGUCAGGGUCGUGUCGGCUCUCCGGCUCGGAGCCCGGUUCGGAGCCCGGUUCUCCUCGUCCAGCUCCACCGCGGACUCGCCCAAAUCCGGCUUCGCGGCCGCCUUCGACCAGCAGUCGGAGCUCCGGCGGGAGGCGGAGAGCUCCGCGGCCGGUCCCGAGGCCUCGUCCUCCGGCCAGGACGACAGCUUCGCCUCGCUGCUCCGCCGCUCCCCGCUGGUCCAGAUGGGCCCGGCCAAGGACAAGGUGCUGGUCGGGAGGAUCUUCCGCGUGGUGCGGGACGACCUGUACGUGGACUUCGGCGGGAAGUUCCACUGCGUGUGUCGGCGGCCGGCGAGCGGAGGAGAGAAGCUGCAGCGGGGCACCAUGGUCCGUCUGCGGCUGCGCAACCUGGAGCUCACCGCCCGCUUCCUGGGAGCCGACACCUACACCACCCUGCUGGAGGCCCAGGCCGUGCUGCUGGGCCCGCUGGACGGACGGGAGCCGCAGAACCGGGAUUGAGACCGUCAGACUGUGGACCUCUGCCGGACUAAGUGAGAUGUGUUAGGAGGUUCAGCGGACGGUCCGGAAGUCCGAGGUCCGGUCGGAUGUGUUGUUGGAUCCCAAUAAACUGUCCUCAGUGAGUCCUGCUCUGUGUUCUUCCACCGGGUGUUCUGAAGGUUGUGGCCCCCUGAGACCCCCAGAGACCCCCAGUGUUCCCCUGAGACCCCCAGAGACCCCCGGACCUGAGGCCCAAUGAGACGGACCCGGCUGAUGGUUUCAUUCUGCCUUUAAUGAGCUCAAACAGCAGCUACAGACACUCAGGGCAGCUGUCGGUACUCGGAUACUGUCGGUAAUAGAGUAAUAGAUUACUGUGCUGCCAGAAGCAAACCAACGAAACUCCUCUCAGUGCUCAACACGUCUCCAGGAGCUGCAGCGACCGGUCCAUCAGCGCCGUGACCAGCUGCUGGGUCGAUGGAGCUGAAGGCAAACCAGCAGCAGCUCACAGAACCACCUCCAGUCCCUGGAACCAGCGGGUCUCAGCAGCCGGCGGAGGUUCUGCUCUGAAGAUGGACCUAAGAACCUUCAUCCAGUAAAGACUGAUGCUGAUCUGAAUGUUUUCUGUUUAAAGAACCGACAAUGAAAUAAAAGAUGUUUCCACCAGAACCCAAA